UCAAACUUAAAGUGCUCUAGCACCCUGAGUGAAGAGAAUGAAAUGCUAAAAUUUACUUGUUCACAGAUUUUAUUUGACUGAACAAGAUAUCUUUUUUAACUGCAGUCCUUAAAAUAAUGCAUAAAACUGAAUGAAUUUAUUUACAAAUGAUAACUCUUGAAUAAUGUGAUACUUUGGGUGUUGAAAUGGCAUGCAACCUUCAGAUGUUGGCAACUGUAUCCUCAUUUGAAAAUAAAUGUUUCCUUUCUGUUUUAUUUUUUGAAGAACUGUUGCAAGGUGAAGCUGAGAAGUGCUCCCUCCCUGACGACCACAAGUAUACUUAUCCUCACUGUUUGGGAAAAGUUGAUUGGAUGAAGGGCCACUGGAAGUCAGACAAGUGUUACAGCAAUUUAGGUGUAGAUGGCUCUGUAUGUUCUUUUAUCAUUUAUUUAAGUGAGGUAGAGAAUUGGUGUCCAAAAUUUCCGUGGCGACUCAAUGUAUCCGAGUCACAGCAUCUACAAAAUCGCAACGAGGCCAUAAUACCAGAGAAUGCAGCUGCGCUGAUGAAUUUGUUGACAGACUCAAACAGCCGCAAGCCAUAUGCCUGGAUACGCCAUCGCAUCCAGCAGAUCUGGCCAAAAUGGAAGCAAAGUGCAAUAGAUUUGAACAGCAAAAGCAGUUUGAAGGGAAGAAAACAGAAAAAUAUACUCAUUCAUAUAGGGGCUCUGACAAAACAAUCUGGGUUCAAAUUUGCUGAGACUGCAGAUAAAGGUGGACCCCUGGGUGAAUUAUUGCAGUGGAGUGAUAUCAUAACCAGUUUAUAUUUAUUAGGUCACAAACUGACUAUAACAAGUGAAGUAGAGGAGCUAAGAAAAAUUUUAUCAAAGUUCCCAGAUGCAAAGAUACAGUGUCAGGUGCGUUCCUCGCUUCCAGUAGAUGUGAUAUUCACAGAUAUAGUGGGCCUCAAGCAGUUCAAACAGUAUGUUGGGCAUGGCUACGGCAAAUUCAGCUGUCUCCUAAGAGUUAUUGAUUCAUUUGGUACUGAACCAAGCUUCAACCAUGAUCAGUAUGCCAAGGCACACAAAAUGAUGACCACCUGGGGCAGACAAAACCUCAUUCCUCAACAGUUCUUUAACAUGUUUCCCCAUACUCCAGAUAACUCUUUCAUUGGUUUUGUUGUGGAGACGCCGGAUAAUAUCUCUUCUUUGAACAGGGUAGUUAGAAAAGAGGACCAGGCCCUGGUGUAUGGGAAGCAUUUGUCCAUGUGGAAGGGCAAGAAGCAAUACCUUGACAUUAUCCAUGAAUUCUUUGAAAUUCAUUCCACGUUUUAUGCCGGGGGUGUGAAGAAUGAAGAUAAACAGGAGGUGCCAUCCUAUGUUAUAAAUCAUGGGAUCCUCAGCCCUGGCGAGAUACAGAAGCUUUUGAGAGAGUCCAAAAUAUUUGUUGGCCUGGGAUUCCCUUAUGAAGGGCCAGCUCCACUUGAAGCCAUAGCAGCCGGCUGUGUGUUCCUCAAUCCCAAGUUCAGCCCACCACACACAAGCCAAAACACCAAGUUCUUCAAGGGGAAACCAACAUUGAGGGAGGUUACUAGUCAGCAUCCCUAUGCAGAGGUAUACAUCCAUGAGCCUUAUGUUUAUACAGUGGACAUUAAUAACCUUGAAGAACUGCGGACAGCUUUGAGGAAAAUCAAACAGCAAUCUCAGGUUGAACCAUACUUACCUUAUGAAUAUUCAGAAGAAGGCAUGCUGCAGCGUGUCAAUAUAUUUCUUGAAAAGCAGGACUUCUGCAGGGUUCCGGUGGAAAGUUUUGUCCCAGAUCAAGCAGUCCAGACAAUUAUAGCAGACACCGGGAAGUCGUGUAAAGAUGUGUGCCAUAAUAGAGGGUUGAUAUGUGAACCUUCCCACUUUACCAAGGUCAACAAUAAAGACAAACUAAAACAGAUGAAUGUAGAGUGCACAAAGUCGCAGCAUUCAGGAGAUAUUUUCUACCCCUCGUUGCACGAGGAUUCUGGGACAUGUACAUUCCAGACAGACCCGAUGCUUUUCAGUUGCGUAGGCUCUCAGGAAGGACAGCGACGGAUAUGUCCAUGUAGAAACUAUAUCAAAGGUCAAAUUGCAGUUUGUGAGCAGUGUUUAUAAUGGAACGGAGUGAUUUAAGAGCUAAUAUAUUGAAUUUUAAUAUUUUGGAUUAUUUGUAACUGAAAUGCUAUAUUUUCAGUCGUUAGUUUUAUUUCUUAGUGAAUUAAGGAAAAAAAUGCCUCGGUGCGAAGUAACUCAUUACUGAUUACUUUUAAUUGAGAUGUGGUGGUGCACUGUAGCAAAUCUACUUUUGAUAUAUGAUAUGUCAGUCAUUUUAUAUUUUUUGUUUUAAACAAAUUAAACUGAAAAAUAUAAAGGAAUACACAGCUAUUCAUUUACUUUCAUUUCAGUUUUAUUUCACUUAUGUAAGUUAUCAUGCCAACAUUAGUCUUGCGCAAAUGCUUCACCUUACCAUGGGAUAAACAGUAUCCGGACUAUCAAGAAUAUUUUACCGCAAGGCAAACAAAUGCCCAGUGUAUUUUGUUCUAUUGACUGAUUUAACGUAUUAAAAGUACAUUAAUGCUAUAGCUUGCUAUACCAUGCCUAGUAGCAAGUUGUUUGUGGAGCAUAGGCUAUUUGGUUGUGAAAAGUUAGUUCAUUUUAUAGCAUUUUUUUGAUGUGUACAAUAUUGAUGACUUACACAGGGUUUCCAUAUGCAUGUUCUUAUUUGUGUUAUUUGGAUUUUAUAUAUUGUGACAAAAACUGACUUUUUCAACUCACUGGUUUCUUAGUAGACAUCAAGCAGUAAUUUUGGAUUAUAUAUAUAUUUUUUUUUGACAUUGGAUCCCAUUGCAAUUGAAUUGAUAUUUUUAGUGUUUAAUAGUAUUAUUAUAUGACAGUUUAUUCUUUGCCAGAGGUUACUUGAGGGGAGACGCAAUUGUUGUGCAAAACAGAACAGAAAUGUGCACGGCUGGUGAAUAAGUCCGAGAAAUAUCUGUAAAUAUCUAGCGAAAAUCUCGUCUCUCUGUGCCACUGAUAGAGAGUAAUAAAAGUUCACCAGUGCUUCAGAGAUUAUUUGCAUAUUUUCUUUAAAUUUACUAUAAUCUAUUUUUUUAGCCUAACAUGUUCAGGUAGCAUGAACAUGUGCAUGACCUUGUGAACAAGGGAGUGAUUGAUUCCCAAGCUGAAUGCUUCAUCUAUAUGGAUAUCACAGCUUGGAAUUGACUUUAAUUAUUAUAUAAGCUAGUGGUGCUUACUAAAGAUAUAUGCUUCUGUGCCAUAUUCCUACUAUGUUUAACUUCAAAUUAUCAGAAUUAUACUUAGAGGAAGGUAAGCAAUGUUAUAUCUGUAUCAUAUACUUUACCCAGGGUUUGUCUUACCUUUUUUUCAUAAGUUUAAGUCCCUCUUUUACAUAUCAUUGCUAGAUACAAUAUGCUACACUGUCUUUCUAUCCUAAAGUGAUUACAGCAGUGUAAAUAUUUUGAAAUUCGAUCAUGUUUCUCUUGUUUCAUCCAUCUUUUUGUCUGAGCAAUUUAUGGUAUGGAAUUACGUUUACUGGAACUGGUUUUUUCUAUGUUGCAAAAGACAGAAAGUUACCAAGUUAGCGUGUAGCAAUUAGACCAUGUCUGUCACAACAAGCAUUUUCAUGAAUCAAGAAAUCUCAGUUUUGAUUAAAUUCGAUCUUAUUUCCUAAUACAGUAAUCUUAUUGUUUUGUGAAGUUGCAUUCAGCCUGCCUUGCCCCAAGAUCAUUAGCUUGUAUUUUUCCUUAACUCUUGUGUAGUGUAGAGCAUCGUAAAUGAUGGAGACAGUACAAUUAGCUUUUGAAAAUGUUAUUAUUGCUCAACAAAUCAACUGUAUUCAUGUCUUAUAUAAUUAAAGAUGUAUUUUGACAAUUUUUUGCGCUUUGUAGUAUCGGUCAUUGACCUCCCCAGGGGGGGAAAAACCCUCAUAACUGGCAACUGGAUAAGUUUUGUAGAAAGCUAGAGAUUAUUUGUCUGUGAAUUUGAUUUGGUGAUCCAUGCAGAUUUUAACUAUGUGUAGUGUGAAUAAGUAUAUAUAUAUAUAUAUAUAUAUAUAUAUAUAUAUAUAUAUAUAUAUAUAUAUAUAUAUAUAUCAUUAUUUUAGGUUGAAUAAAUGAAGUGAGUCUUGUUGAACCCUAUGGAAGACCCUAAACACCAGUAGACUUAUGCGGGCCUUAUGCUUGCCUUACUAUAUAAGAGCUACCGAUGACUGCCAUGCCUCUGUAGAUUUUUUUUAGUCACAAUUAGGAGUUUUGAGAAUGAAUUCAAAUAGGAGUUCACAUCAAAAUCUGCUUGCCAUUAAUAUAAGUAUGCUUACUUAUCCCCAAUUAUGCUGUACAUCCAAGAUAUUUUGAAAAACUAAUCUCAUAAGCCAUUAUAUAGGUUGUUCUGAAAAAGACAACGAGUUUUAUAGAACCUCUGGUAGAUUAUUCAUCAUAUAUGGAUGAUGUAGAUAGGUUUAGGGAAAAAAACGCAGCAUCCUGUUGUUGCUGGAGCACAUAUUAAGAACUUUGAAUUGUGUUGACAUGGUAGGUUCAAGCUGAUAAUGUAAAGGGACAGAGAAGACACCAACUUCCCCCUCCCCCCACCCCAUUGCACAGGAAAAUUUUGGAAAUAUGUUGGAAGCAAUUUGUGGUGCUUGGCCACAUUGAUUGUCUUUUAUUCUCUUAACGAAAGGGUCAAGGGGUUAAGUCCAAAAUUUUGUUUUGGGAUGCUCCCCCCCCCCAAACAUCGUCCCCCGUCCCUGGAUUGAUCUGCCUAUGCAGGCAGACAAUUAAUAAUAUGAAGAUAAGUAUAGGGUCUCUUGUCUGCUUACUUACCAGGCAACAUGGGUAAGACCCGAAAACUUUUGACAUAAUAUAAUGCUUUUUAAAACGAGUACAUAUAGUAAAAUGUAUAUUGUUACGAUCUAUUUUUCAUGUACAAUUACAAAAAAAAUUGCCUGCUGUGCUAUUUUUGCACCAUGAUUAUUCAAGAUUUUAAAUUUUUGUUGUUGAUAUAUCGAAGUAAUGUUGUAGAUAUCUUAAGCUGUAGACCAUUUACUUUUUUGUUUGUUUUUAGGGACCAUGUUUUAAAACUCGUUGAUUAGUGUCAUUCAAUAAUCGCAAUUCAUUUGUAGCUUGUACUGUACAUUCUAUUGUGGCAUUUCAAAUAAAAUUCAUACAA